AUGGCUGCCGAAAUCGAUAGUCUUUGGCAGGCCGCCUUUGGUUCUACUUCCCGCCCAGCCCUGUACACCUCAGAAGAGCUCAACGAAGAUGGUUUUCUCCCACUCAGCGAGCCAUCAAGCUUUCUCAUGAACAUUUCAAAUCUCAACAGACAGCAGCUAUACGCUGCUAGCUCUAAUAAUCAGAUUGCAAUGAAAUCCGCUCAAGAUGAAUACCUCGACCUUGAGCGGCAGAUCAACCGCAUCAAGGGUAAAUCCAAGUUCAAAAACCCUCAACAGCUUCCACCUCCUGAUGUUUUCGAGGAACAAAAGGAAGCGGUGCUGUAUAACUAUAAGUACGAACCCAAUAAGCCCGCCCUGCUUCAGUCAGGGAUUCCAGGGUUAAGGGCUGCUGAUGAGGUCACCGAUCGUGAGAAGCACGAUGUUCGCCUCGCCCAGGAGCCCUUUGAGCAAGGAGGGUUUGUGCCCAAGGAAAAGGAAUACAAAGCAAUGCACGCAAAGGCACGAAAUCCUAAGAAUGCUGAUGGGUGGACUCCAAUCUCCAAGGAUGGCAAAGGCCUCAUCCCAAUGCAGCAGACUCACAAAGACGAGUACAACAUCAAAUACAAUACCAACAACAACAAAGCAAAUGGCGACGUGAAUUUUGAUGGCGCCCGGCCACAAUCGGCUGGAACUGAUGCUUCUGCCAACACUCCUUCUAAGGCGGUGGACAAACGCCUGACACGAACUAGAUACGAUGGCAAGAAGGUUCCAGCUACACGGGACGUAUCCGAAGCUCCAUCUGUAGCAUCUACACCGGGUCGUAAACGGGAAAGUACGCCUUUGAUUGAUGGCAGAGAGGAUACACCAAACAGCAAACGUCGGAAGCUGAAUGGUCCGGAUAAACCCAAGCAUCCAAAUCAGUACACCAAGGCGAGAGAAGCAAGAGAGGCCAAAGAGGCGCGGGAGUCAGCCGUUGUCAAUACAACCGCGGCUCAGGCUACUCCGAAACCCGCUCCGGCUAAUGUUGAUUGGACACAAUUAUCCCCAACUGAACUGCAAAAUCGGAAAUGGACAGAUGAAGAGCUGGUGGAGGCAGUCAAGCAGACUCAUUCAUGGUUGCAUGAUGACGCCAAGAAGGCUGAAGAAUGGAAGCACAAGAUUAUCAAUGGUGUCAAUCCAGUGCGGAGCUUCAGCAUGUUUCGAAAGUGGGCAUAUUGGAAGGUCAAUGACCAAGACAAGAGACCUCGUAACAAAAAGAACCUAGCCGAUGGUGACCUGAAGGAUAGUCAAGGUCAGAAGGCCUCUCCAAAGCCCAGGCGGUCAGCAAAAGCCAAACUCACAGCACAAGCAGAUAGUGCUCGAACUACACCUUCUGCAUCACCUGUGCCUGAAAUGGGCAAUGGUCUUGGUCUAGGCCUUGGUCCAGGGUCGCAGGAACUGAAGCGAGCGCCAGGGCCAAGAGGAGGACUCAACAGGAAGGCGGCCUUGGGGAACAAAUCAUACAAAAGUUACGAGGAAAGCAUUACGGAUGACGAAAUUCAGUCUGCCUCUGAGAAAGAUGAAGGAUCUCGUGGCGCAAUUCGAGGAUCUCGGAAAGCUGAGAACGAUGCUAGUCCGGGCCCAAUACGACGACCAACCCUGGAUCGAGAGGAAAGCGAUUCAAUAAUCGUGGUGAAUGGCGCAACUCCAACGAGAAGGUCGCUGAGAAACUCAAGACGAGCUAGUGGAUAG